AAAAGCCAGUAGAUCCUCUCCUCGUCCUGACUUCAGGUCAGCCGUGAGUGGUUGACCCUCAAUAUCUACUGUCUUAUGGAGUUGAGCUCCGCACAGUGGGAUCAUACCGUGCUGUGGGAUUCUGAGGUGUUUCCCAGUCUCGGCCAAGGCCAUGUAGUUGGAGAACAGGAGGCAGAAUUUCUGGACUUCCCUUCCUCCUGCCAUCACCUGGUUCAGAGG